ACGCCUAUUUUUCGACUCAAUUAUGAAGUUCGCGGAACACCUGAGUGCUCACAUCACACCGGAAUGGAGAAAGCAAUACAUCAAUUACGAAGAAAUGAAGGCUCUGCUGUAUGCUGCAGUGGAACAAGCACCAUCAGCAGAUACAAGCGAGGCUCAUGUGCUAGAAAGUUAUUUUAGUAAAUUUGACGAGAAGUUUUUUCAUUAUUGUGACAAGGAACUAGCUAAAAUAAAUACGUUCUAUUCUGAAAAAUUAGCAGAAGCCACACGUAGAUUUGCCACUCUUAAUAACGAAUUGAGCGAGAUCUUGUCAGUUUCCGACGAUGCUCAAAGUCACAAGGCGCGCUAUCGCAGACACAUUCUACAUAAAAAGCCGGUAUCAGCACGCAAACUGCAAGAAGUAAAGUUAGCUUUUUCGGAGUUUUAUCUCUUUCUCAUUCUGCUUCAAAACUAUCAGAACUUGAAUUUUACCGGAUUUCGAAAAAUCUUGAAGAAACAUGACAAACUUUUAAAUGCGGACGUUGGUGCCAAAUGGCGUGCGGAGCACGUCGACACGGCACUAUUUCACACACACAAAGAUAUAGACAGGCUCAUUGUGGAAACUGAAGCGCUAGUCACACGAGAUUUGGAGCAUGGUGACCGUCAACGGGCCAUGAAGCGACUCAGGGUACCUCCUCUCGGAGAGCAGCUUUCUCCAUGGAUCACAUUCAAAGUCGGUCUUUUUUCCGGCGCUUUUGUUAUACUUUUAGUAGCCGUGAUAUUGUCCGGUAUGCGAUAUAAAAAUAAAGACAAUUGGAGAGUAUUGUGUCGAAUCUAUCGUGGGCCAUUUCUUCUGAUAGAAUUUCUUCUUCUGAUGGGAAUCAACGUUUACGGCUGGAGAUCUUCCGGAGUGAACCACGUGCUAAUAUUCGAACUUGAUCCACGCAACCAUUUGUCGGAACAGCACAUCAUCGAGAUGGCAACCAUACUCGGCCUAGUCUGGUCCAUGUCUAUUUUGGGGUUUUUGUAUAGCGAUACGUUAGGUGUACCGCCAUUUGUUCAACCAGUGCUGUUUUACGCAAUGCUAGCGCUUUUUCUAUUUAAUCCCACUAAAACGCUGCGACACGAGGCCAGAUUUUGGACACUGCGCGUUAUGGGUCGUAUCUUUUGCGCGCCUUUCUUCUACGUGGGUUUCGCAGAUUUCUGGCUCGCCGAUCAGCUCAACUCUCUUCAUACAGUCUUCUUGGAUUUUCAAUAUUUCGUCUGCUUCUACAUCCAGAACUCCUCUUGGACCGAUGUCACAGAUACGGAAACUUGUAUAAUGCGUGAAUUAUCAAUGAGACCAAUUGUCGUGUGUUUACCAGCCUGGUUUCGGUUUGCACAGUGUCUCAGACGUUAUCGGGAUACAAAAGAGACAUUUCCGCACUUGUUGAACGCGAUCAAGUACGCUACGAGCUUCUUCGUAGUUCUUUUUUCCUACUUACAUUUGAGGAACAAAAAAUAUUACGCAUUGUCCACUGAAAAUCCGUACUUUUACUUGUGGCUUACGGCCAGCGUGGUGAGUUCGUGCUUCACGUAUACAUGGGAUGUAAAGUUGGAUUGGGGUCUUUUCGACAGUAGCGCAGGCGAGAACAAGUUUCUCAGAGAAGAGAUAGUUUAUUCAUCACCCUAUUAUUAUUACUUCGCAAUGAUCGAAGAUUUUAUUCUGCGAUUCGGAUGGGCGUUUUCCUUGUCCUUGACAGAAAUGGGCUACGUUCACGCAGAUCUCAUGGUCACUCUGAUCGCCCCAUUAGAAGUCUUCAGGCGUUUCGUGUGGAAUUUCUUCCGCUUGGAGAACGAGCAUUUGAACAAUUGUGGCAAAUUUAGAGCGGUGCGGGAUAUUUCAGUGGCACCGGUCGAUUGUUCGGAUCAGACGCAGAUAUUGCGCAUGAUGGAUGCUACGGACGGUGUAAUAAAUCGCAGAAGAAAACAGAAAAUUGACGAGAAACGCAAACCGAUUCGAUUGCUCUUGAAGGGAGAGUCUUUGAUGGAGGAUAAUUAAAGACCGUCAAUUAUCAAUUUAGCUGAUAUAACGUUUUAUGCACAGCUAAAUCCAAACUUUUGUAUCACAACUGUCUAACUGUCUAACUUUUUUCCACGUAUUGUAUCAUGUUAUCCAAUCUGUUGAAAAAAUCGCGCAGAGAGAUCUCACACACGGAUUUUGACGUACGUCGAGAACCACGUGACCGAAUCAUUUAUGUGAAAUGUUAAAUGAAUUACUUUAUCGAUGUGAUUAUAGAGAUUUAUGAGCGAUGUUAUAUAUUUGUAAGCAAGUAACAAAUUGGUGUAACUUGUCAUUGAGAGUUUAAACUGAUCUGUCGUUAAGUUACAAAAAAUGAACUAUAUCGGACCCAGAGAGAUAAAAUAAACAAUUGUUACAAA